AUGAAUCAAGAACCUAAUCAAGAUCAAGAUCCAAAUUAAGUUUUAAAUAGAUAAGGCACAAGUUUAACUCCUAAGAAUCGAAUAGGCAGAGCUAUCUACCAAACGUAUUUUUUUUUGUUAGGUACAACACUUUUGAUAUUGUCAAUAAUGUCGUAUUAUUUCUAUAGUGAUGCAUUUGAUAAUUAUAAAUAUAUCAUUGAAAACUGGCAAUAAUAACCAAUUAAAUCCAUACGAUUGAGUUUUGAUUAAUGUAAUUCUGAAGUAAUGAAUAUUAUAAAAAUAGGAAAUAAAUUUAGUGAAUUACAGAUGGCCUGGAACUGUAGAUGGAUGUGAUUGUCGUUAUACAUUUAGAUUAUUGAGUCUGCGAACAAAUAAUCAUCAUACUUUUAUACCAAGAAAUAAGAUAUAUAAUAAUCAUGCUUGUAACAUAACACAAAGAGCAUGGGGAUGUAUAUCAAUUUAUGCUAAGAAUCCAAUUAAUUUUAAUAGAUUUCCAUCUCCUUAAUCACAAGAAGGCUUCAAAUUAUGUGCUGUACUUGAGAAAGACAACAGUUUCUAUUCUCAUUUACCUGAAUCUGAAGAAUGUCCAUAAGGAUAAUUAAAAUGUGGAAAUCAUCAAGAUUUCUUUUACUGUACCACUCAACCAGAAUGUCCAGUAUUUGAAAUUGGAUUUUAAGGUGUUACAUAAUAAAUAUUGAAUGCAACAGAAUAAACAGAAAAAGGAUUAACAUUUUUAUAUAAUAGAAAUAGUGAAUAUAAAUUACCAUUAGUAGAAGUAAGAGUAUCUGAAGGAGAAGGUAUUUGUAUGAAGAAUCAUUAAAGAGGAAUAACUAAUGGAAGAACAGAAUAUCCUUUAAUGAGAGAGAAUAAAACAGAAUGUCAAAUUGAUAGAAGAUUUAUUAAAUUAUUAACUUCUAAUGAAGUUUAAUUUUAUGAAUCUAAUAAUCAACUUAAAUUAUAAGAUAAACUUCGAGGAUAUGAAAUUUCAUCAUAAUAUUAAUGGGGUAUAUUUCUAUAUUUUAUUAAGGUCUUUAUUCAAGAGGAUACAUUUCAUGGAAAAUGUCUUGUAGAGGAGAAUUAUUUGAUAAUUUUAUUGAUUAAUAAGAUAUAUUAGAAUAAAUCUUGUAAACAUAAAAAAACCUCGCAAUUAUCUCAAUAAUUUACUUUUUAAUAAUUUCUGUAAUUUGGAGUUACAUACAGUGUCAAACUUUGGAUGGAAAAGAUUGGCCUUGUAUCAAAGGUAAAGGAACUGAAGAAUCAAACAAAAUAUUUUAUAUGGAAAUAUUUACUAAAGUUAUUCUCUAGAGUAUAUAAGCAUAUGUUAUAAUUGAGAGUUUUAGUAGAACUAAAAUAGAAAGUGAUUUUUUAGAAAGUGUUAUUUCGAGAAAUUGUUCAGAUGAAUAUGUCUAAAUCUAAUUAGAAUAUCUUAGAGAUAUGCUAUCUGAAAACAUAUACAGAUUCAAUUGGGGAUCAUUAAUUUUAUUUUGUAUAACUACUGCUUUAGAUUUUUGUGUUGCAAUAUAUUUGAUAUUUUCAUUUAUAAGAGAAAGAUAAAUCAAAGAAGCUUACAUUUAAUAAAAUAAUGAAUCUACAAAUGGUUAUUAAUUAAAUUAAAUGCCAGAGAUUCAAAACCACAACAACAAUUAAUUCAAUUAUUCCUCCCCUUUUAAUAAUUGA